AUGAUCGUGGCAAAUGGGCAAUAUCCCGGACCAAUAAUUGAAGUGAAUCAAGGUGACGAAGUGAUUGUGAAUGUUAAAAAUAAUCUAGCCCAGCCUACUUCUAUCCACUGGCAAGGAUUAUUUCAGUUUGGCACCAACUAUUUCGAUGGCUUAGCUGGUGUGACAGAAUGUGGAAUCCCCGCCGGUGAGCAGAUGUCUUAUAGGCUUCAGCCUGGCCCGUUCACAGGGACUACAUUUUGGAAGGCAGGAUACGGUACCCAAGCAGCAGACGGUCUCACUGGAGGCUUGGUGGUCCAUCCCACACACUCGAACACUACCGUGACUUUUGAUGAAGAAGUCGUGGUCCACCUGAGCGAUUUGUACCAUGAGAACUCUAAGGUACUGACCGAAAAAUACAUCUCGGCUGAAGGGAUAGGCGGGAAAGCUGGCAAUGAGCCGGUUCCGGACAGUGGCACAAUUAACGGCAUUGGUCAAUACCCUCAUAGACCAAAUGGCGAGAUCAUCUUCCCAGAAUACCACAAGCUUCACGUCGAAAAAACUAAAAGUUACAGACUCAGGUUGAUCAACGCAGGCUCAAUGGCACCCAUCGUAUUCAGUGUAGACAACCACAAUUUGACAGUCAUCGAAGCGGAUGGAGUCGAAGUUGAGCCUAUCACCUUCAUUGGAGGGAUACAGGUUGAAGUUGGGCAAAGGUAUAGUGUGAUUCUACAUGCCGAGCAUGAUCACCACGAACAAUAUUGGAUGCGUGCAGCCCUAGUUGCGGAUGGGUUCAAAUAUGAUAAUCCGGAAUCUAACCGCCAAAUCCUCGGCAUCGUGGCUUAUGGAGAGGGACUGGAAGGUGUUCCUCACUCAGAAGCCCACGAAGAGAAGAUUGAAAUACUAGAUCCUACUCGCCUUCGCCCUCUUGUGCCUACAAAUCCUCCACCUGCCACUCAAACCUAUAUGGUAGAUUACUUACUUCGUCAAUCCCCCGGUGGAAGCACUGUUGGGAUGUUUAACUCGACAACUUGGGUACCUUUAUUUCCUAGUAGCUCUCUGCUGACAAAUUUAGGCGACGGCAAAGAUGGGCUAUCAGUACCUGCACCAUACCAGUUUUUACUAUCUGCAGACAAGCCAGAGGUGAUUGACUUGAUCAUCAACAAUUGGAGCGGAGGGUCCUCCACCUUCUCUUUGAGUGGACAUCGGCCUUGGAUCAUUGGAAGUGGCGAAGGAAAUUACCAUGGGGACAGGGCUGAUGCUGCACCAUCCCCUGCAAAUAUGACCGGUUCCACACCUAAUGGCCUGUCCGCGGGUUCCGCGCCCGACAACAUCUUGAAUGAUUCCACCCCCAAUGGCCCUCCAACUACUUCCACAACAAAUGACUCACAUGGCAAUUCCAUCGCCCCUUCGACACCCUCAACUUCCUCCAAUAGCACCAUGCCCAAUCCACAAGCAAAUCAGCCGGGUGUUUCUUCACCUUCCCCCAAUUCAAACAAUGUUUCCAAUCCUGAAAAAGAUCGUUCCCAAACGGCUGCUAAAAAACCUGAGUACAAACAAAAAGAUGGCACAUCAUCUGAUCACUCCAAAUCCUCUACACCACCGUCAAAGAAGCCCUCGGCUACUCGUCCAGCAACGUCAUCGCCUCGAUACUCAAAAUAUGGCGCAAAUAUGCAUGAGUUGAAUGUCCAUGAACCUUACAAAGGCCCAGAUCAGGAAAAAUGGACAAAGGGGAGAGGUCGGGCAUCUAGGGACAAAGCAGGAUGGACGACUCACAAUAAGAGGGAUAAAAACGUUAAAAGCCGAAGGCAAUUACCCAAAUCAGAUAACCCAGUGGCAAUUCAGCGCGACACCUUUACUAUCCCCAAAGAUGGCUGGGUCAAAAUUCGUUUUUCAACUGAUAACCCGGGCAUGUGGCUCCUUUCUGAUCAAAUCCAAUGGCAUUUAGCUGCUGGAGGUGCAAUGCAAAUUUCGUCUCGCAAGGCCGAGUGGGCUAAAGUACCAGAUGAAGUUCAAAGGUUUUGCUCAACUCCUGAAAAAUUGAUAUGAUAGAAUGGAAUGUUUUGUAAAAAAAAUUGUUCAAAGAUUCAAAAUUAGUUCAUUCUCUCA